GACGCGACCCAGCUCCACAGCGGCCAUCUUACUCUGACAAGCGUCGUUCACCCGUCUCCAAGGCUGAAACAAGAAGUCGACGUGUGAUGCACGACGCUCAUCUUUUGCCCGGUUAAAGCCCAAGCGUCGUUGUCCGUGUAGAUCUUCUGUCGGUGGGAGAGGGUGUCCACGGCGGCGGGAGGAUGGCGCAGCUGUGCGGAGCCAGGAGCCGUGGCGUCGGGACAAGCGCGGCUUUGGCAGCGUUGACGGCGCGUUUCUGGUCUUCAGGCUCUACUCCUGAAUCAGUACAAGAGAGACAAAAACGAUUGAUGGCUCGGGGAGUCCCAAAGCAAAAAGCAAUUCCUGGAGUAAAACAAGUUAUUGUUGUAGCUUCAGGGAAAGGAGGUGUUGGAAAAUCAACCACUGCAGUGAAUUUGGCUCUGGGAUUAGCAGCCUAUGAAGCGCAUGUGGGGCUGCUGGAUGCAGAUGUGCAUGGUCCUUCUAUCCCACGCAUGAUGAACUUGAAAGGAACCCCAGCUUUAACAGACAGCAACUUGAUGAUACCUUUGGUAAAUUACGGAAUUAAUUGCAUGUCAAUGGGAUUUCUGGUAGAGGAAACGGCACCAAUUGUUUGGCGUGGCCUCAUGGUGAUGUCAGCAAUAGAAAAGCUGUUGAGACAAGUUGAGUGGGGUCAGUUGGACUACCUUGUCAUAGAUAUGCCACCAGGUACAGGGGAUGUGCACCUUUCUAUCUCUCAGAACAUACCUAUUUCAGGGGCUGUUAUUGUUUCUACUCCCCAGGACAUUGCUUUAUUGGAUGCAGAACGAGCAGCAAACAUGUUUCAAAAAGUUAAUGUUCCUGUUCUUGGUAUUGUUCAAAACAUGAGUUUCUUCCAGUGUCCCAAAUGUAAACAUGAGACUUACAUCUUUGGGGCUGAAGGAGCAAAAGAGCUGGCAGCAAAACUUGAACUAGAUGUUCUAGGUGAUAUUCCACUACAUAUGAAUAUAAGAGAAAUGUCUGAUAAAGGUCAACCUAUUGUUAUAUCUCAUCCAGACAGUCCUGAGGCCAAUGCCUACUUGAGACUUAGUGCUGAGGUCAUGAAAAAACUACCAGGAUCUCCCAGAUGACUCGUGGGAUGUUACAGUCUGCACUCUGUUUGAAAUUUUUUUUUUGGUUAAAUUCUUGCUGAAAAGACAGCUGCUGGAUCAGACUUGAAUAGGUUAAUGAAAACGGAAGCCAUGAUGCCAACAGAAAAUCUGUGACAUUUUAAUUGAUGUACAUAGAACUAUCAGGAUUCUUGCUGAAAUCAAGAUUUAAUUGCAGGUUCUAAUGUGGUAACACUUUUACCGACUAGAGUUAAAUAUGUAUAUUGUGUUAUGUUAAGAAAUAAAAUGUACAUCACAACUGGAAUCUUAUAAUAAAAACCUGCAAGGAAAUAAUUAAGAUUGAAAUAUCUUGUUAUUCCUCUAGUUGACAAGAUUGAAUGUUUUAAGUUCACUUGGCUAACUAAAUCAUGUCCUUUUAUUGUUCCGUUCAGCUUAACAUUCCAUUGUUUAUUAAAGCUGUUAAUAUCCUUAACCGUACAAAUUUGAUCUAAAUUAUCUAAUAUUGAAGACAUGUGACACAAUUUAAAUUUCAGAAUAGAAUGUUCAUUUCCUGACUUAGAAUAUGAAUCAUUGAAUGAUUGAGUGCGUUUGAAAUUUACGCUUCAUUUCUUACCUUAAGUAUAACUUACUCUUUAGAAAUGGGUAUCAUUCUUGCUGCUUUUCUCAGAAUAUUUCCCCACUCCCAUCCAGCACCACCCCAUUGUUCAUGUCCUAGACAUUACAGGAAGUCAUUUAGCUGUUGAUACCUGCACAAGACAAAACAUAUACCUCACACCAAUAUAGUGUAUUCGUACUUAAAAAUAAAAUUCUUAAUUCCA